UGGAGUGUGCGCGUUGACGCGCUGCGCGCCACCCGAUUGGUCCAGCUCUCCGUAGCGAUGCCCCUCAGCGCGCUUCAUGAAUAAAAGAACAGGCUGGGAGCCUAUCAGGGCGCAGCGUUCCCUCCUCCACGCAGUGUGCCAAAGUUGGCCCCUUCAACAACUCUCAAGCUCCAAGCAGACUUUGCUAUCAAAAACUACCAGACCUUUUAGUAAAACACAGCAAAGAAUUGAAUAACCUUUGCUCACGCCUGUCUGAGUCCUAGAUACAUUCCCACACGCACACACGGACUCACACUGCACUCCACACUUGUAAAGUGCCAUGCUGCUUGCUGCAUUUCGACUUUAAAACAAAAAAGCUUUCUUUCUUUCUUUCUUUCUUUCUUUCUUUCUUUCUUUCUUUCUUUCAAUCAUUCCUUUACUUUUCUCUCUUUGUAUUUUUGUAUUGUUUUUUGCAUUCCAAGUGUGUGCAUCUGGCUGGAUCUUUUCUCUAGGGGGAGAGUUGGUUUUGACAGAAGACGCUGCCUAAUAAUUUGACACUGUCUAUAUUAUUAAGCAGUCACCAGCCUGGACUUGUUUGCGGCCAAAAGAACUUUGCAAUAUUUCCGCCUGCUUGUUAUUCACUGUUCGGUAUGACAAGUUUAGCAGGCACCGUUCCGAGAAUGAUGCGACCCGCGCCAGGCCAGAAUUACCCCCGUACUGGAUUUCCACUGGAAGUCUCCACUCCUUUGGGCCAGGGACGCGUGAAUCAGCUCGGCGGGGUGUUUAUCAAUGGCAGGCCGCUGCCAAAUCAUAUCCGACACAAGAUAGUGGAGAUGGCUCACCACGGCAUCCGGCCCUGUGUGAUCUCCAGACAGCUGCGAGUUUCUCACGGGUGUGUGUCCAAAAUCCUGUGCCGGUACCAAGAGACGGGCUCGAUCCGUCCCGGGGCCAUCGGGGGAAGCAAACCCAGGCAGGUAGCAACUCCCGACGUGGAGAAGAGAAUAGAGGAGUGUAAGCGAGAGAACCCGGGCAUGUUCAGCUGGGAAAUCCGAGACAAGCUCCUGAAAGACGGGGUGUGUGAUAGGAGCACAGUUCCUUCAGGUGAGGUCACCUCUGUGAGUUCCAUAAGCCGGGUCUUAAGAGCCCGGUUUGGGAAGAAAGAAGACGAGGAUGAGUGUGAUAAGAAAGAUGAAGAUGGAGAAAAGAGAACUAAACACAGCAUUGACGGCAUCCUUGGAGACAAAGGGACCCGCAUGGACGAGGGCUCGGACGUGGAGUCGGAGCCAGACCUGCCUCUGAAGAGGAAGCAGCGCCGCAGCCGCACCACCUUCACCGCGGAGCAGCUGGACGAGCUGGAGAAGGCCUUCGAGAGGACGCACUACCCAGACAUCUACACCCGAGAGGAGCUGGCUCAGAGGACCAAGCUGACCGAGGCCCGCGUGCAGGUGUGGUUCAGUAACCGCAGGGCCAGGUGGCGCAAGCAGGCUGGUGCCAAUCAGCUGGCAGCCUUUAAUCACCUGUUACCAGGAGGAUUCGCGCACACCGGAAUGCCAACCUUGCCAACGUACCAGCUUCCAGAGUCCAGCUACCCCACAUUAUCCCAGGAUGGCAGCAGCGGCACAGUGCACCGGCCCCAGCCCCUUCCCCCCUCCACCAUGCACCAGGGGGGUCUCACAGGAGACAGCGGCUCCGCCUACGGGCUUGCGUCCAACCGGCACGGCUUCUCCAGCUACUCGGAGAGCUUCAUGAACCCAUCGCCGUCCAGCAACCACAUGAACACAGUCAGCAACGGGCUGUCACCACAGGUGAUGAGUAUUCUGAGUAACCCCAGCGGCGUGUCUCACCAGCCCCAGCACGACUUCUCCAUCUCUCCCCUCCACGGGAGCCUGGACUCCUCCAACGCCAUCUCUGCCAGCUGCAGCCAGCGCUCCGAGUCCCUCAAGGGGGUGGACAGUCUGCCCACGUCGCAGUCCUACUGCCCCCCCACCUACAGCACCACGGGCUACAGCGUUGACCCCGUCACUGCCGGAUACCAGUACAGCCAGUACGGACAGACUGCAGUGGACUACUUGGCUAAGAACGUGAGUUUGUCUACACAGAGGAGGAUGAAGCUGGGGGAUCACUCGGCCGUCCUGGGGCUGCUGCAGGUGGAAACGGGACAGGCCUACUGAACCAGGAGGAGCCCGGCAGCAGACCCCUCCAUCCCACCUGCCCCCCCCCCCCCCACCCCACCCC